AUUCAUUGGACCUUUUUUUCAAAAUUUUUGUGUAUCUUACGGCGCAUUUCAUUAGAAUCAAUAAAACACAUAUGGAUAUAUUACAUAGACUCAAAGGACUGUUUAAAAAACAGACAGAAAUAAUAAGUAAUACAAAUACAAAUGGCUGGGAACUACCUGAAGUUAUGAUAGUUAAAAUCAAAGCCAUGGCUCCUCCAUCAUACUCAGAUCUUGGUAAACAAGCACGGGAUAUCUUCGGUAAAGGUUACCACUUUGGUUUAUGGAAAUUGGACUGCAAGACCAAAACUGCUUCUGGCAUUGAAUUCAAUACAGUAGGUCACUCUAACCAAGAAUCUGGCAAAGUCUUCGGUUCAUUGGAAACCAAAUACAAAGUUAACGAUUAUGGUCUAACUUUAACGGAGAAAUGGAGCACAGAUAAUACGUUAUUCACUGAAGUUUCUGUCCAAGAUCAAUUACUUGAAGGCCUUAAAUUGUCUUUCGCAGGCACUUUCGCCCCACAAACUGGCAAUAAGGAAGGCAAAUUGAAGGCUUCGUACGGUCAUGAAAAUGUCAAAUUUGAUUCUGAUGUCAACAUUGACUUAAAAGGACCUCUAAUCAAUAGCUCACUUGUACUUGGCUACCAGGGAUGGCUGGCUGGUUACCAGACCGCUUUCGAUACCCAAAAUUCAAAAUUGGCCGCCAAUAACUUUGCCUUGGGUUAUUCCACAAAAGAUUUCGUAUUACAUACAGCGGUAAAUGAUGGUCAGGAAUUCAGCGGCUCCAUUUUCCAAAGAUGCUCUGAUAAACUAGACUGUGGCGUGCAGUUAUCAUGGGCAACUGGUGGCAAUAAUACUAAGUUCGGUAUCGGUGGUAAAUAUCAAUUGGAUAAGGAUGCUAGCGUACGCGCCAAAGUCAACAAUGCCAGCCAAGUUGGUUUAGGCUAUCAACAAAAAUUACGUGAUGGAGUCACACUGACCCUUUCCACAUUAAUCGAUGGCAAGAACUUCAAUGCCGGUGGUCACAAAAUUGGUGUCGCUUUGGAAUUAGAAGGUUAAACAUGCAAA